GAUUCGAGCGGAUGACGCGUUAAAGGUCGCCCCGUCGGGACCGCCGGAAGGUCGUCGAGUUACGGUGAAUCGGUUGGCAAACGCGUCUACCGUUUUUCUCGAUUUUUCCCCCGGUUUCCCGGUCGCCGAUCGCAAUCUUCGCGUCGCGCGGGGACAGUGUCGACCGAAUCGCGUGGGCCGAGAGGUCCUCCACGGUUCGACCUUUGCCGGUUCCGUUCCGCCGGCGAGCCUCGAUUAAAUUCGAAAAGCUGGAACGGAGGAGGCGGGGGACGGGGAAACAUGAAAAGUGAGUCGGAGCUGUGCGACGAAGGGAACCAGCGGCCGGAGGAGGCGAGCCAGUCGGACGAAGACGACGAGAGCGAGCAGGAUGCCCAGGACGAAGAAUCCGACGAGUCUCGCAGGAGACGAAUAACACCGGCCGCCCUGACCCUUUGUGUGAUGUCACCGGGCAACAAAGGCACGGACGAGGCUGCGAACGACGCGUUGUUGGAGAAGCUCGCCACCUACGCGGCCAAGCCGCACAGCGACGCGUUCAGGAACGCCGCGGCCAAGAUUCACGCGCGUGUCACGUCCACAGAUCGGCGGGUACGCGAGCGCACGCUAGAUAAACUAUGGCGCAAGAAUUCCAGGUCGAUGGAAAUAUUCGUCGCGACGCUGAAGAACUGCAAGGACCACGUGAUCAACUACAGCAUCGCCAGCAUACUGCGGGAAUGCAUAUCGUACCGUAUCCCGAAGGCGAAGAACAAAGGGAACAACAACAAAAGUGCCACAAAAUCCAGCAGCCGACUGAUGCAACUGGUCAACUUAGGCAUCACGCAAGUCCUAGUUAAGCUUCUAAUUAAUCUGCAACAUGCGGACACCAUUCCGAGCGAAGUUCUCGCGCACGAAGUGCUCUGGAUACUGGGCCAGGUGGCCCAGGCGGACCAGAAGUUCGCAUCGAAGAUGAAGACGCUGAACACCAUCAAGAUAUUCCACGCGCUGCUCAAGCAGCAUUACAACAACAGCAAGCUCAUCUUGCCUCUGCUGUCGAUCCUGAAGUCUCUCGCCAGAAACUCUUAUACUCUGCAAGUGUUAGUGAAGGACGGAAUCGCCAGCACGUUCGAGAAGACGUUCGUGUCCAUCGGCUACAGGCCUCACCUGAAAUUGAGGUUGCUGUUAGAAUGCUUCAAGUACUUCACGACGAACAAGCUGCUGUGCACGAAAUUCGUGAAGCUGGGCAUGAUGUACCUGGUGAUGCGGAUCUUCGAGAGAUGGGAGCGCUACGACGGCUACAUGCGGCUGAAAAUCUGCAACUGUGCGGUGACCACGAUCCAGCACCUCUGCGUCACGAAAGACGGCAGGAAGGCCAUCAAGUGGAACAAUGGACUGCAAGUUUUGUACCGGUUCUGCUGCAACUGCCCGGACGACAAAGCCUACGACUGCCUGUUGUCUCGCAUCUGCGGCAUACUGAAUCAGUGCCUGGACAAGGAGCUGCCGGUCCCCGAAAUGUUCCCUGCAAGAUUCGUGUUACCGGAGGCGAACGUCCGGCCGAACAGCGCUGAAAGCGGCAGCGACAUCGACAGUCAGGCGAACAGCGUCGCUUCCAUGGGAAGGCUGUACAGCGACCUUGACUCCGGGGAUGACGAGGAAAGCCAGAAUUCGAGGUCCAACGACACUGUUAUGCACACGGCCGACGAGGUGGACGAGAGCAAAUUCUUCGCCGGCGUGUUCACGUCUCAGAGGACUGAGGAGGAGCUUAACGAGUACACUGUCUUCUUCAAGGAGCUAGGCAACCUGUCGCAGCUGUGCAAGUCGUCCUCGGAGAAGCCGGAGGCCGCGGAUCCUGUGGACAGUAACAAAUUGAACGGUCGAGUCGGCAAGGGUAACAGGACCACGAUAAAGGACGCGAUGAGGGACGGGGCGAGCAAGAACUCGCCGGAAACCGGAGCGACCGGGAUAAGGAUGUUCGAGGACAUGUCGCCUAACCUGACGGACGAGCAGGCGUACUGCGAGCUGGCUGGCAGGGUGAGGAGCAUCAUCGACUUCACUGGAGUCGCUUACCCGGACUUGGUGGGCGGCGACGCGCUCGGCAGGGAGGAACCGUUGAACGAGAAGGACAGAUGGGUCUGUCGCUCGAAGCUCCUGGCCUGCGUCGAGCGUGGUCUUCACGGCGGCACGAUGAUGCAGGAGGUCGUCUACGACCUGGACGCCGUCGUUAGCAAAAGGUCCGGCAAGGACUGCGAGAUAGCGUACAAGAAGAUGUGCAACUUCGACGACGUCUCGAUAGGGCUGCAGUUCGGCCCCACCAAGUCCUUGUGCUUCUACUCCGCGUUCGAGAGCGGGAACCUGAGGAAAGCUAUUCAGAUAGGCCUGAGAGAGUACGAUCUGAUCCUGACGCCGGACGUGAACAGCGGCUCCAGGCACCAGUGGUUCUACUUCAUGGUGCGCAACAUGGACGCGAACGUGCCGUACACGUUCAACAUCAUCAACUGCGAGAAGGCGAACUCGCAGUUCAACUUCGGCAUGAAGCCGAUCCUGUUCAGCGUGACCGAAGCCGUUCAGGGCAGGCCCGGCUGGGUGCGGACCGGCACGGACAUCUGCUACUAUCGGAACUACUAUCAGCGGCCGGCCAAGGGCCGGAACUACUUCACCAUCUCGUUCUCGGUGACGUUCCAGCACGAGAACGAUAUCUGUUACCUGGCCUACCACUUCCCCUACACGUACACCCAACUGAUGGUCAACAUUUGGAAGUGGAGCAGGAAGGUCUCGCCUAACACCUACUUCCGUGCGGAGACACUCUGCGAGACUCUGAACGGAAACGAGAGCCCUCUGCUGACUAUCACGUCGAUGGACUCGAAGAGCAACCCUAUCCAGAACCGGAAAGUGGUAUUCCUGACGUCGAGGGUCCAUCCAGGCGAGAGCAACGCUUCCUGGGUGAUGCACGGGACUCUCGAAGCGUUGUUGAGCAACAACACGUACGCGUCGAGCCUACGCGACGAUUAUGUGUUCAAGAUCGUGCCUAUGCUGAACAUCGAGGGCGUUGUGAACGGUUGUAAUCGAUACGGAUUAACUAACGAGGACCUGAACAGACGGUGGAGCAACCCGAACCGGGUGCUCCAUCCGGUGAUCUACCACACGAAGGGCCUGAUGGAGUACUGCACGAGGGUGCUGCAGCGGCCUCCCCAUGUUUUCGUCGACUAUCACGGCCAUUCACGGAGGAAGAACGUGUUUCUCUUCGGUUGCUCAAGGUCGGGUUCUUGGAGCGCCGCGGACAGGGCGAAACCGGACCAGCCGGUGCAGUAUUUGAUGUUGCCGCACCUCAUGCAAAGGAUAUCCCCGGCGUUCGCGUUGCCACUGUGCUCGUUCAAGGUCGAGAGGAACAAGGAGUCCACCGCCAGGGUAGCCAUAUGGCGGCAGCUAGGCGUUUCGAGAAGCUACACGAUGGAGACCAGCUUCUGCGGAUGCGACCAGGGAGCGUUGGCUGGCUUGCAUCUCGACACGAAACACCUGAAAGCGGUCGGCCAGGAUUUCUGUCAGGCAUUGUCGAUGAUGAACGAGUGCAGCCACGAUUGGGGAAUUGAUAAGUCGCUGGAGGAAGCAUGCUGUCCACGGAAAUGCGUUUCCGAGAAUUCGAAAAAGAUUCAGAAAUGCAUUCAGGACAGACCGGCGCUGUUCCAUACCGCCGCGAUUCCUUAGCGAACGAAUCUGUAGACGAUUUAAGGAUCCCAAUGGGAGAAGGCAUUUCCGAGGAAUCAGGAUGUAUGGGCGGCGAGAUAUCGUCCAGCUGCGAAUUAGAGGAGUCCGAGUGCGAGGCGUAGAAGGAAGACCGCGACAUGUCCGCGCGGCGCAUCGUUCGCACGG